CGUUUGAUUCAGUUUCGGUGUGGAUUUCGUUAAGGGCUUCUGGCCUUUCAUACCUGCUUCAUGCUUUUCUUUGUUGAGCGGUGUCAGAUCCGAAACGUUUCUCCUAACAGAAAGAGGAUUUGGGUUCCGGGAGCUGGUGAGUGAUUCAGGAGGCCGGAGUGUGUUCGCCGUUUAGGGUGAUUGAGUGUUGAGAUUGGAUAUGGGGACGAUGAAAGUGGGGAAGGAGGAUGACAAAUCUAUGAGACCCAUGUUUCCGAGAGUUCAUGUGAACGAUACGGAGAAGGGAGGGCCGAGAGCGCCUCCGAGGAACAAGAUGGCUCUCUAUGAGCAGCUGAGUGUUCCUUUGCAGAAAUUUAGUUCGGCAACUCUCCCGCCACCUAAACCUGGCAGCGCGGUUUCUUCUGCGUCAUCGAAGCAGGGAGGCACUAAUGAAAGGACUGCACAUUCUCCAUUUUUUCGACCUCAUUCAAUGCCUCUCUCUUCAGCUGACAAAACUUAUUCGCAGUCAUCUGAUGGGAAAAGUAGCAAAACCAGGGGAAUUGACUGUGAAAGAACUUCUAGUGCUGCAGGAUCAGGUGCUGAAGGUACUGCCUUCAAAGUAGGUGACUUUACAGGCGGAAAAAAUUCCCUUAAAGCAAAGUUUGAUGAUGAUAAUGAUGAUUUUAGAGUUCCAACUUUAGCUCCAUCUGAAGUUGUACCACAUUCAAAGAAUGCACCUUUGGCUGAGAUAAGCAAGCCAUCCUUUUUUUGUGCUACGAAAGUUCAGAUCUCUUCCACUCUUGAUUCUUCCAUCCAUGUUUGGAGUCCUUCUAGUAAGGCCAUUUAUGAAGCCAAUGCUUCGGGAAAAUUACGAAAAAGGCAUGAAAGAAUUCACGCUGAAGAAGAGUUUAGAGAAAACAUUUCAAGCGAAGAUCCAGAAGCUGGUGAGAUACUUGCUGGUCCUUUAAAAAUUUCCUUGGCACCUUCAGAUAAAUGUGCUGAAUUCAAAAUGAAGUUUUUUGAUAAAACAGGUCAACACAACGCCAGGAUGGGCAAUGAUUUGUCCCAAGAUGGUUCUCUUGAAAACAGGAAUGCUCACAAGAUUCAAUGCACAUUAAGUACUGGGUUGUCAUUUGGAUAUAGUCAAAGAAGCUUUGAUGAGAAAGCAGGUGGGCCAGGUGAGUUGAAAGAUACUGAACGAAGCGUUGAAGUUUCGGAGGCCUCAAUGAUAGAUUCCAUUUCAGUAUCAGAUAUAUCUCCUGAUGAUAUCGUAAGAGUAAUUGGCCCUAAGCAGUUUUGGAAGGCAAGGAGAGCAAUUGUGAACCAACAGAGAGUCUUUGCGAUUCAAGUUUUUGAGCUGCAUAGAUUGAUAAAAGUCCAGAAGCUAUUUGCAGCAUCACCGCAUCUACUUUGUGACGAUUCUGAUAUUAUUACAGCCCCGCCCAAAGUAAUUUCAAAGAACCUUCCUAUUCCAUCCAUCUUAAAAUCCACACCACAGAGAACUUAUUCCUCCCAAAAACAGACCCAAGACGCAGCUCCUCAGCUAGAAAAGGCAGCUCCUCCCCCUCUUCAAAUUCAAGAAAGAGAUCCCAACAAAGAACUCUGUCCACUUCCCAGAAAUGUUCCUGUUACCUCUAACACCCAUUUGAUCCCCAUGGCUCCAGAUAACCGACAAAAUCCAUGGUGUUUCCAACCUCCUAAUCAAUGGUUGAUACCAGUUAUGUCACCCUCGGAAGGUCUCAUUUAUAAACCUUAUAGUGGUCCUUGCCCUCCUCCUGGAUUUAUGCCUCCUCUCUACGGAGGCGGCUUCAUGAAUUCACCUUACGGUUUUCCUUCAUCUCACCACCAACAAAACCACACACUCCCCGUCCCUCCACAAGUCGGCCCAAACUACUUUCCAGCUCCUUAUGGCAUUCCUAUGGUGAAUCCCGUUGUUUCCGCCUCUGCUGUCGAGCAAGUAAGCCCUCUAACCAACAUAAAAUCCGACGUACGCUCCUUGCAGUGCUCCCAAAGUUCGUGCAACAAAUCAUUCAACAAAAGCGAAGCAUUGUCUGGUUAUCCUACAAAGAAUAAUCCAUCUUUAAAAGAUUACGAGCUUCAAGCGAGCACGGCAAGUAGUCCAUGUGAUAAGGCACAAGGAGAAGGCAGCGAAUUGUUGCCAGUUUUUUCCAUUCCUCCGGUGAACGAGGGAUCGUGCCAGCUUUCGCAGUCUAGCGGCAAGGAAAAUCCAACUCAAGUGAUUAAGGUUAUUCCACAUAAUGCAAGCUCUGCUACAGAGUCUGCAGCGAGGAUAUUUAGGUCUAUACAGAGAGAGAGGAGGCAACUUGACUUAUAGGUGGAAUGCCUCAGGGAGGAGCAAGACUCGUGUUGAGCAAAGAUUCUCGAUCACGGAUGAUAUCAUGACUUUGGGUAUGUUUGUUAUUUAAGAUUUGUUCGACAAUCAUGGUAAUAUGAAUGAAACAAAUUCUAAAUUGGGGGAGCGGUUAUGCCAUGAUUGUUGUGUAUAUUUCUUUAUUGUAUAAUUCUAUAAUAUAAAUAUAAUAAUUCAACUGUUUUUAUUUAAU